CGGUACCCAUUAAGGACACGAUGACACUCCUGCCUCAUCUGACCGGCCGAGGGCGCUGCCAAACCAAUCUCCUCCCACAUGGUCCAUGAUGGAGCUGAUGUCCUGCGCUGUCUGCUGGGUUAUUCUGCUGUAUCAGCCAUCACAUCGGCAGUCUCAUGGUACUACAGAAGCCUAGACAUGCUCACAUCUCUUUAACGUGAACGCCAUGGUGACUGCGCUGUGAUUGGCACACCGCACACACGCUCGCCACACACACGCUCGCCAGGGUAUGGCUGCCCGCACAGCAACGCUACGGUGACGAUGCAAGGUGUCCCUGGGUGCUCACAGCUGCAGUUUGAAGCAGUUCUUUGAGCCCAGGAUGAUCCACACCAGAAUCCAUCAAUGGCUUCUUCAUACACCUUGGAACUAAGAGACCUUGGCAUAAGACAUACUGCAGAUGGCCAAACCAAUCACAGUUGCUCAACUACCAUCAGAGGUUUUGAGAAUCCAUCCUAUGAAGAACUUGGAGAGACCAACUUUGGCCAAGAUUCCCAAGAUAUCCAGGGUUCAAGUCCUGUGUCAGAAGUAAGAGGAUGGCUUGCAAAGGAGAACGGAUCUACUCACUCUGAGGAUUGUCAGGAACCAGAAUUACCAAAUCAUUCUGUGGAUUAUGGUUUCAUGUGUUCUUUAGUCCUAUUGGUCAGUGGCAUAGUACUUGUGGCAGUAGCUUAUACAAUACCACGGGAAGUACGGGUCAGCCCUGAUUCUGUGUCCGCACGCGAGAUGGAGCAGUUGGAGCUUUAUUACGCACGUCUUGGCUCGCACUUGGACAAAUGCAUUAUUGCUGGAUUAGGUUUGCUCACCUUAGGGGGCACACUCCUCUCCAUGCUACUUAUGGUCUCAAUAUGUAAAGGAGAGCUGUACCGCAGAAGGAAAUUCACUGUGGCCAGAGGACCAAGGACAAAAUAUGGUUCUCUCAACCUGAGAAUGAGACAAGUGACUACAGAGGGUGGGCAGGUACUGGUGGAACAUGAGGUCCUUGAAAUGACAACCAAUGAUACACAACUACAACAGGAGCCUUGAAUGUAUUAAUAACACUUUAUAAUAUGAUAGCAGACACUGGGAUUCAGUUGAUAUAUUCUAGUAUAGUGGCAUUAAUGUUUAAUGAGGUCAGAUUAUUCCAGGCCUGAAAGAUGCCUGCUGUUCCAAUCUCAAUAACUGUAGGGGGAGGGUUGGGGAAAGUUAGUAAACCAUACUCCUGGGUCUACUUCGUAGAACAGGCUUAAGGCAAUCUGUGGCCUGGUAACUGCCAUGGUACUACUGUUCCCAGCAUACCAAGGGUACUGACCUCUGAUAUAGAAUGUUAUGAUUAAGAGAAUGUGGUCUCAUUGAUGCUUCAUGCAGACCAGAGAUUUAAAAAAUUCCUACGUAAGCACAUUUAUUUAAGAGAAGGGAGUCACUAAUCGUAAACGUUAACAUUUAUAAACUUGUUAAUCCUGGUUUAAAAUCGUGUUUUUAGCUUGUGCAAAAAGCAUCAUUCAAGAGUUAUUUAAAAAAAAAAAAAAAAAAAAGUUUUUCAUUGGUAGGGUACAAUUUCCUCUUCCAGACAAUAGGAAGCGCUAUAUACUUUUGCAUUUAAUAGGACACAUUUUGCUGGGUAAAAAGCUAUACAAAUUUACUACAUCCUCCAACAUUACAAUUUAAGAAAACGUCACUGUUCUACCAAUAGCUCUUUAAUGAUGCAAGUAUUAGUCUUGGAGUACCACUAGUUUAUUCAGCAGUAUCAAUAUUGCAAAAAUAUGGGGACAUUUAGUUUUAAUCAGUAAAUAUUACAAGUCAGCUGAUGUUUAAGCAUAAAAUACAAAAUACACUGCCCGAGUUAGGGUUAGGCCGCAAACUUGCGUCAUUAACGUAUUUAAAAUCCUACAGCCACAAAAUUCUGACCUUAUGCCUGUAUUUUGAACUGCUUUUUAAGAAACAUGCAAUAGAGUGUACAGAUGUGGCAGCUGUAAAACACAUUCUGAGUAUAUCUUGAGGCGGCAGCUGAAAAUAUGCAGCAGUUGUCCUUAUCAACUUUAUAAGUACAGGUUGAGUAUCCCUUAUCCAAACUGCUUGGGACCAGAGGUAUUUUGGAUAUGGGAUUUUUCCAUAUUUUGGAAUAAUUGCAUACCAUAAUGAGAUAUCAUGGUGAUGGGACCUAAAUCUAAGCACAGAAUGCAUUUGUGUUUCAUAUACACCUUAUACACAGCCUGAAGUCAAUUUUAGCCAAUAUUUUUUAUAACUUUGUGCAUUAAACAAAGUGUGUCUACAUUCACACAAUUUAUUUAUGUUUCAUAUACACCUUAUACACACAGCCUAAAGGUCAUUUAAUAGAAUAUUUUUAAUAACUUUGUGUAUUAAACAAAGUUUGUGUACAUUGAGCCAUCAAAAAACAAAGGUUUCACUAUUUCACUCUCACUCAAAAAAGUCCGUAUUUCGGAAUAUUCCGUAUUUCGGAAUAUUUGGAUAUGGGAUACUCAACCUGUACUUGAAAAUAAUUUCUUCUGCGACUGUUUGCAACUAGAUAGAUUACAUCAUAAAAAAACAACAAAUGAUGUUAAUCUACCCUCAAAAUAACAUGUAGUGACUCAAUAGAACCUAAUUUUGGGGGGAAAAAAGACCAGUUUUAGUGCCGGGUAGGUAGGGGUACGUAUCAUCACUGAAAGGCUCAGUGAGCAGCAAUAAAUGCACUAAAAAGGCCUAUCUGGAGAUGAUGCUAUGUUUAAUUAGAUAUCACUUUCAGUCUACGAGCACUGCACAAGUCUACACACAAUCUGCCAACAGACGUAGGGAGACGCAAGUAUUUACUGUGCAGUGCGAUAGAGAGGAUUUUUGUGGCCAGAGUUAACAUACUUCCAAACUAGAUCUAUUUGGUGGCACUGAUCAAAGAAGAAAGUGGCUGUAAGUAACAGACAACAGGAGCACAUAUGGCACAAUGAAACAGCUGCAAAGCCAUUCCCUGCAAGCUGCACAUCCGUUAGCUUGUUUAUGCUUAUACAAUAAUUUGCAAUGUGAAAGUGUGUUACAUUUGGUCCCAAAACAGGGUAUUUACUGAUCAGAUCACAGUAAACACAGAUAUAGAACUAGUAUUUGUGAACAUUUGACAUGAUACUGCUAUUUCUGCACAGCACAUGGUUGGUUACCUACCAAAUUCUACACAAAGACAAAUCAGGGAACAAUUAAAUUAAAGAUAUUUUGUGAUGGUAAGCCCACCAAAAAUGUAAAAAAAAAAAAAAAAAAAAAAGCGUGAGAACUAGCUUAAACUGCCUGUAACGCUCCGGUUAUGGAACUACAAGUCCCAACAUGCUCUUAAAGUAAAGUCAUACGAGGUGAGGUACACAGAGCUGCAUCAGCUGGUAAACACCAAUGGCCUACGAGCCUGCAAGUGCAUUAGAGGAUGCUGAACUGCACUAACGACUUGUGUAUGUGAACUUUCUUUUACAGGUACUGUAGAGGUUAAAGUAUUGAAUCACUGCAGGUAACUGCAAUUACUCAAUACAAGCUAUAGUAAGAGUGACUAGAGAAAACUGUAGUAAAGAUGGACAAUGGGCGGAAGUGGUAAGUUUGUAUUUAAGUCAAUGAUAAGAUUACAGGCUAUUCCAUUAUGACUGUUGUGGUAGUAUAUAAUCACAUUAACAGUAGAUGAUGAAUUGUAUUUAUUGGAACAACAGUGGAAUAAAUGGGUAUGCAUCGUUGGGUAGACAACUUUGGUAGACAGUCAUUAGGUUGACCAUGGAAGGUCGACAUGCAUUAGGUCAACAGGGACAAUAGGUCGACAUGGUCAUUAGGUCGACAUGUACUAGGUCGACAUGGGUUUUUGGACUUUUUUGGGCGUUGUUUUCUUCGUAAAGUGACGGGGAACCCCAGUUAGUGCACCGUGUCCCCUCGCAUGGCUCGCGGCUUCAGGCAAGGUGCCUCGCUCCGCUACCGCUGCGCUCGGCACAGGUUACCGUUCCCAAUCGUAGUCCACGUGAAUCGUCAAGUAUGAAAAAGUCCAAAAAAAGAAGAAAAAAGAGUGAAAAACUCAUGUCGACCUUUUGACCUGUCAACCUAGUACAUGUCGACCUAAUGCAUGUCGGACUUCCGUGGUCAACCUAAUGAUUGUCGACCUAAGCUGUGUCGACAUAACGACUGUAUCCCAAAUAAAUGAUGUAGGUAGUUUUAAUGUGUAAGUCAGUACUUGGUAGCGAUAGUAAGAGGAAAUACUAGAAGUAGCUUAUAGCUAGGAAAUACUAGCAGAAAGAAACAAGAUGAUGCAAGAAUUCUGUGAGGCCAUGGGGUAUAUUCAAUUGAAUUCGAAAACUGCCGUCUGUCGAAAAGACGGCAGUUUUCGACUUUUUAAGGUCGAAUCCUGAUUCGACCUAUUCAAUAUUUCCCUAAAUUUUUCGACAAGUCGAUGAAUUAGACUUGUCGAAAAGCACGUGGAUCAGUAGAAUAGCUGCCGAUCCACCGGCUUGUGUCGAAAACGGGGCGUUUUGGCCCCCUUUUCAACCAUCUCAGUCCGACAUCCGACUUUAAUUGAAUAUACCCCAAUAUCCUCAGAAGACCAUACAUAAAGUACAGACAGUCUAUAUCAUACAAUAUACCAAGAAACAUUAACAAACCUCAAUAUUUAUGGCUUGAAACAGAGGCUGGGAAGGGGGAAUAGGAUAUAACGUUUCAUACAUACUGUAUUAAGUAAUUUAACAAGUUACAGAAGGGAAGCAUUGUACAGAGAAGUAUUAGAAGAGAACACGCAUUAAGACUGAAGUAUAUCUGGUACAUAGGAAUAGAUACUUUAUAGUUAUGUUCGUAGAUAUGUGAGAGUCUCCAAACAGAGCUUGUAGAGUCUAAUACAAUAGACAAAAGGCUAUAAAAAAGGAGGGAUCAAGUAGGGUAUUAUGUUAUUAGGACUAAAAAUGUGAAAGAAAUGUGGGUCUUAUCUGACAUUAGAUUCUAUGGUUGAUUAUUUAUGCGAGAGAUGGCCAAAUGUAAGCAAUAUUGUAUAAUGGAUUACAAGAAAAUAAACUGAGCCACAACAAAGGAGCCUCAAUUUGUGGUACAGCAGGUACCACUAUAAAAGGUGCUUUAAAAUGGGUUUUCAUACAAUGAUUAUCUGAGACAGACAUAAUUCUGGGGCUGCAAAAGAAGGUAAUAAAUACCCGAGGGUAUUCGGGCGCUGUGAGGCAAGGUGCUCAGCUAAGCGGCAGCCAAAUUUGAGAGGGAAGUCACUCCCAAUAUGUUUACACUGGUAAAGAAAGAGUACGAGGCUGCGCUUCAAGAGGAAAAGAACAAUAAUCCACUAAAUGUGUACAAUUUUAUGAAUUUAUUAAAAACACUAACUCAUUAAAAAACAGCAAUAUUCUGUAUAAUUAUAUUGUGCCAUGUGCAUACAUGAAAGGAAUAAAAUUUACCCAAGGUAUUGGUUCAGGACAUGUGUCACAUGAGCUCUGUAGGAUCCGUUCCAAAUAUUGCCCUUAAGUAAAGAAUGUCCAGUUGUAAUCCACUAUGGAGAGUCCCUUUUAGAUGGUGUUUAGAGAGUCCUUUACAGAUUCCAUAUGCCGCUAGAGGAUUAGGAUGGAAUAGAAUGUCCCGUGAACAGUGGGUACCUCAUGCAGUGCGGUAAUUGGAUGGUGCCUCUCUGGGACUCCUCUGGAUAGCUGGAAAGUGGUGAGGGCUGGUCCGGAUCCGAUUAAGAAAAGUCCUGCUCCAAGGGGUGAAAAUCUGACGCGUUUCGCUGCGUAUGCCUUGCAGCUUUUUCAAAGUUUCUAUAUUUAUUGCUGUUUUAUUGAGCUGCUUUCACAAUUACACUAACGCAGAUUCUAUCACUAUACUGCCUGACUGUCAAUACCAGCAUGUCAGUGUACAGUCUCCAUUCUGGCUUAUAAUGAAGUUACCAUUUGAGCCUCAUUAGGCAAUACCAAUAAGUUUAUUAGGGAAAAAUUAGAUCUGUGGCUCUUUCAGCAGAUGCUGUUUGCAGCAUUAAUAGACCAAUUUUUAUGACUUUUCCUUUAAGAUUCCUUUGUAAAAAAUGGCAAUAUCUCCUGGGGAUCAACAUUGUGCAGACUGUGACAGAAAGAGAUAGGAUAACGGUCACUGACAACUAAGGGGGUAAUUCAGACCUGAUCGCUAGCAAGCGAUUUUUGCACUGCUGCGAUCAGAUAGUCGCCACCUACACGGGGAGUAUAUUUUAGCUGUGCAAGUGUGCAAACGCAUGUGUAGCAGAGCUGUACAAACAGAUCUUGUGCAGUCUCUGCGCGGCCCAGGACUUAUAUAGCCACUGCGAUCACAUCAGCCUGUUUGGGACCAGAAUUGACGUCAGGAACCCUCCCUGCAAACGUUUUCCAACCACUCCCUGAAAACGGUCAGUUGCCACCCACAAACGCCCUCUUCCUGUCAAUCUCCUUGUGAACGCCCGUGCAAAUGGCUUCUUCGCACAAACCCACCGGCAAUCCGCUUUGUACCAGUGCGACGCGCCUACGCAUUGCGGUGCAUACGCAUGCGCAGUUUAGACUUGAUCACCCACUGUGCGAAAACACAGCCUAGCGAUCAGGUCUGAAUUUCCCCUUAAAUCCGAGCUGCAAGUUCACAUGUACUCCUCAUUUUAUGCACACCGGAAAGAAUGAGAUUUCAUUUUAGAGAAGAGGUUCAUAGGGUGUACCUGAUCCUUAUUUUCUCCCUUAAAUGGAUUAGACUUUUUUUGUUUCCUGUAAAAUGGUGGGGAUUGGGCUUUGGUCCAUACCUUCAUUUUGCACCAACCAAAUGCACUUUAUACAAGAAAGUAUCAAUGUAACAAUGGCAUAAAAGUUACAAAGUAGUGACAUGUAAUAAAGACAGUCCUGAUGCCCCGUCACACUCAUAAUUAUAAUAAGAUUUUACUUACCGAUAAAUCUAUUUCUCGGAGUCCGUAGUGGAUGCUGGGGUUCCUGAAAGGACCAUGGGGAAUAGCGGCUCCGCAGGA